GUGAUGUACAACCUUCCCGUGGAGCAGAUGCACGCGCCGGUGGUGGGGCCGCUGCACCACAACCAGAAGAAUCUGACGCAGGCUCUGCGCAACCACCGCGCGGGACACGUGGAGGAUGCCAACCUGGCCAGCUACUCCUUCGACGAGCAGUACAACACAUUCCAAGCGCAAGGAGUGGCGCACGACCCGGAAGGAACAGGCGUGGUGCGGCACCGCGACCUGGUGGCAGGCAAGGGCGCUGACCUGUUCCCGGCGGCCAAGGAGGCGGCCGCCGGCAAGCAGGCAGCCAAACGGCAGAAGACGGACGGCGAGGCCAAGCAGCAGCAGCCAUUUGACCCGUCGCAGGUGCGGGCCCGGCGGCGGCCGCAGCCGUGGGCGGAGAAGGAGGCGGAGGUGGUGGCGCUGACAGAGGAGCAGAAGGAGUACAUGGCGCAGAUCAAGGCAGAGAAGGCGGAGAAGGCGGGCGUGGUGCCGGAGCCAACAGAGAACACGGUGUGGCACGGCAAGGCGGAGACAGACUACCAGGGCCGCAGCUGGAUCGAGGCUCCCAAGGACGCGGGCAAGCGGAAGGACGCGGAGCAGUGCUUCCUGCCCAAGCGCCACAUCCACACCUGGAGCGGGCACAGCAAGGGCGUCAACGCGAUACGCUUCUUCCCCCACACCGGCCACCUGCUGCUGUCGGCGGGGCUGGACGGGCAGAUCAAGAUCUGGGAUGUGGGGUCGCACCGCAAGUGCAUGCGCACGUACAUGGGGCACACCAAGGGCGUCAAGGACAUCUGGUUCUCCAACGACGGCCGCCGCUUUGUGUCCACGGGAUACGACAAGAAGAUCCGCUACUGGGACACAGAGACGGGGCAGAUCCUCAAUACCGUGGGGGAGGGCAAGAUGUCGUACUGCGUGCGGCUGCACCCGGAGGAGCAGCACAUUGUGAUGGCGGGCACCCAGGACAAGAAGAUCCAGCAGUGGGACCUCAACACAGGGGACAUGGUGCAGAGCUACGACUACCACCUGGCCGCCGUCAACACCGUCACGUUCAUCGACCAGAACCGACGCUUUGUGUCGACCUCGGACGACAAGACCAUCCGCAUGUGGGAGUAUGGCAUCCAGGCGCAGGCCAAGUACAUUGCGGACCCCUCCAUGCAUGCCAUCUCCUAUGCCUGCACCUCACCCAACGACAAGUGGUGGGUGGGCCAGUCGAUGGACAACCAGAUCGUGACUUACAGCGCCGACCGGCUGAAGCCGAACAAGAAGAAGACGUUCAAGGGGCACCUGGUGGCGGGCUAUGCGUGCCAGGUGGCGUUCAGCUGGGACUCCCGCUUCAUCAUGAGCGGCGACGGCGAGGGCAAGCUGUUUGUGUGGGACUGGAAGACGACCAAGAUUGUGCGCAGCAUGCGGUGCCACGACCAGGUGCUGAUUGGAUGCGAGUGGCACCCGCUGGAGACGAGCAAGGUGGCCACCUGCUCCUGGGACGGCCUGAUCAAGUACUGGGAUUGAGGGAGGAGGAGCUGGCGUGGUGCCGGCAGCCCUGCGCAUGCACGCUCGUUUUGCAGUCUUGUAGCACGGGCCCCUGUCUCCCCCUUCUCUCCGCAGCUUUGUUCGGUUCGGUUGCUUUGCUAUUGCUGCUGUGCCUCCCUCGUUUUCGUCCGCAUCUUCCUGCUCCAUCCUGUUGCACACCCGCACCCGUCUCUCGGUGGGUGCAUCCUGCUGCUGUGGCUGCUCUGCCGGCGGCUAGCAGUCACCAUGUAGGAAAACACUUGAAAGGUUGACGAUGC